AUGGGAACUGGGACCGUUGGAGCAAAAUGGAGUGGGAUCCUUGCACAAGGAUCGAUGGGACAAAGUUCCUCUGAACAGAGACCGAGAGCAACAAAUAAUAACUUGUCAUUUGGCAAUGCAUCAAGACAUAACUCAUCUGGUGUUGGUAGCUCUUCUAACCCUUUCUCUCAGACUCCUAUACAAUCUAGUCCAAAUUCACAAUAUUCAGAUUUUGCCAACCCUCGUGGAUUAGAUGCUAUCGACCUUAAUGAUGAUGAUAUUGAAGAUCGGAGGCAAGAUAGUAUUCAACAAUGGCAUUGGAAAGAGGAUGAGAUGCUGAUCAGUGGAUGGUUAAAUGUUUCAACUGACCCUGUAGUUGGUACCGAUCAAAAGGGGGAAACAUUUUGGAGUCGAAUUCAUAGCUACUGUGUAGAAUUUUGCACCGACAUGACAAGGGAGGUGGUUGCAUCUAGUCGAAACAUAAGGAGUGGUUCGAACGCUGAUGAUAUAAAGGAGUUGGCUUAUAAACUUUAUUCCACAAAUUAUGGUCAAAAGUUCACUUUUGAGAGGCAUUGGAACAUGCUUCGGUUGGAGCAAAAAUGGAGAAGCCAACUACCUACACAGAGUGGCGGCUCAAAGAGAACCAAGGUUAGUGCAACUGGAGCAUACUCAUCCUCAUCAAACCCAGAAACACCAUUGGCUGACGAACCCGAUGUGGACUCUCCCGCUCGCCCACAAGGAUCAAAGAAGAGCAAGCGACGAGGUAAGGGAAAAGCACAGAUGUCUGAAGAUUUUAGCGAAAGAAAAUCAUCGGUUGUCAAAAAAUUAUCUCUCAUGGAAGAUAUUAAGAAUGUUAGAGAAAAGGAACUAAUGGAAAGGGAAAAAGAAAGAGAAGAGGAGAAGGAACAUAGAGCAAGGAUGAUGGCAAUCAAAGAGAAGGAGUUACAAAUUCAAGCGGCAAUGAAAGAACAAGAAUUACAAACUCAGAGGUAUAUUAAAGAAAUGGAGAUAAAAGCAAAAGAAAGGAAAAUGGAUAUGUGA